GGGAAGGAAUAGCGGGUGCACCUUCCUGUCCCGCUUCUCUGCGGCAACGAGGGAAGUUGCAUUUCCUUGGAGAGCAGCUGGAAGCUGGUUGCGUGGAGGGAGCAGCCAGGGAAAGAUCCACAACCAUGCCACGGACCAUCUGAAUGAAGCUCGCGGGCCACAGUUCAAGAACCCCGACCUAAUACAGUUAAAUCACAUAUAAAGGUCUUGUGCAUAAGGAAAGCAGAGAUUAUUCAUGUUUGAUAAGUGAGCACUAUUAAGUUCUUUCAUGGAAUCUGUAUCUCUGCAAUCAUGGUCAAAUCAUGCUGUGCAAUUAACUGCAACAACAAAUUUUUGCUUGGCAACAAUAUCUCAUUUCACAGGUUUCCUCUAGGGAAAAAAGAUCUGUUAAAAAAGUGGGUUUGGAACAUCCGCCGCAAGAACUUCACUCCUACGCGACACCAUGUGAUCUGCUCAGAACAUUUCCGUGAGGCAGACUACCUCGAAAAUGUGGCUUCUGGGAGGCGGUACUUAAAGCCUGAAGCGAUUCCAACAGUGUUUAAUAUACCUGAGCGGCAGAAGAAGGGUGCUAAAAAGAGGCGUCCCCUUGUCCGCCGCAAGCCACCUGAUCCUCCACUGAGCCGUCCGUUGAAAGCCAAGGAAAGCAAUGCAGAAGCCCCCUCUCCUGGGAGUGAUGUUGUUGGGCUGGAACACUCAUACUCUCUCCCGGCCAGUCCAGCCCGGGAUCUUCAGCUGGCAUCUGCAAGGGAGCAAGCCCCAAGAAACCCAACCACAGGAAAAAGUCCUCUUCUCCUCCAGACGAGGAUUAGGAGGGAACACAGGGAAAGGACGGGGCAAAACAUCCCAGAGGAGCCUGUCAUCAACUCAGACGCCCAGCGCCAGCAUUUCCGCCAGUUCUGCUACGAGGAGACGGAGGGACCCCGUGAGCUUUGCAGCCGGCUUUGGGAACUUUGCCACCAGUGGCUGAAGCCGGGAAGGCACACCAAGCUUCAGAUCCUGGAGCUGGUCAUCCUGGAGCAGUUCUUGGCCAUCCUGCCCCAGGAGAUGCAGGGCUACGUCAGGGCAGAGGAACCAGCAAACUGUGACUGUGCUGUAACCCUGGCAGAGGAUUUCCUACAGAGAGGGCGAGGGGAAGAGUUGCCGAGGCCACUGGUUGAGACGGCGGCCGUUUUCCCAGAGUCAAAGACGACUCCUUCAGACACUCGGCGUUCACCCCGGUUCAGGAGGAGCACCAGGAAAGGGGAUGGAAAUGCUACUGUGCUGGAAGACGGGACUGUGAGCCACAGCCAAGCAGAGAGCAUCCAAGUGGAAGUCCCUGCGUCGAAAGAAAUCGUAUCUCAGGAGGAAGUUUCCUCUGUGACUGAGGCUGCGGAAAUUAUGCCAGCCAGUGACAGGUGGCUGAGUGACGAUGAGGCGGAGCUGUGCGAAGGGAGCGAGGGCGUAGAAGCUGAGAUCAUCUCUGGGAAUCUGGAUGGGACAAAGAUGAGAGAGAGAAGCGAGACGGAUGGGCCGAGAAGGAAGAAACUGGCAGCAGGCAAUGAUGAAGUGCAGGGGAAUCUAGAGGGGAGUCAGCUGGAAACAGCUGAGCAAGGAGGAGGAGAAACUUUGGGGAAAGUCGGUGGGAAAUCUCUCCAAAGUCUUAAGGCUGAAGAGACGUCUGGAAGUCUGCAGGGUGCAAAACGCUCCCAGGAAACUUUUCAAGAGAUACCAGCCAAAGAGAAUCCAUAUAAAUGUUCAUACUGUGAGGAAAGUUUCCAUAAGCGGUCUCAGCUGGUGAUACACCAGAGAGGACAUGCCGGAGAGAAACCUUAUAGUUGCUCCCAGUGCGGCCAGUCUUUCUCUUCCCGCCCUGAACUUCUCGGCCAUGAAACAAGCCACACAGGUGAGAAACCCUAUCAGUGCUCAGACUGUGGGAAAAGCUUUCGUGAACAAGCGUAUGUUCUCCAGCACAAGAGGAUCCACACGGGGGAGAGGCCAUAUGCCUGCUCUGAGUGUGGGAAGAGCUACUUCCGCAGAGGGUCCCUUAUUCUGCAUGAGAGAAUCCACACAGGAGAGAAGCUGUAUAAGUGCCCAGACUGUGGUAAAAGCUUCAAUCGGAAGCCACACCUUGCCGUGCACAGGAGGAUCCACACAGGGGAGAAACCCUACGAAUGCUCAGACUGUGGGAAGAACUUCACUGUGAAAUCUGCUCUUAAUGUGCACAUGAGGACCCAUUCUGAAGAGAAACCAUACCAGUGCUCAGACUGCGGGAAAAGCUUCCGUGAGAAAGGCACCCUCAACAUACACAAGCAGAGCCAUACGGCGGAGAAACCAUAUCAGUGCUCUGAGUGUGGGAAAUGCUUCCGUUACACAGCAUCAUUUAGGAGACAUAAGAAAAGCCAUUCGGUAGGAUCAGUCUUGAAAUCAUACGAAUGCCCCGAGUGUGGGAAAAGCUUUGGUCGCAAAGAUUACCUUAUCACACACCGGAGAAUUCACACGGGAGAGAAGCCUUACAUGUGCUCAGUGUGUGGGAAAAGUUUUAAUCACGGUGCAACCCUUGUCACACAUAAGAGGACCCAUACAGGAGAGAAGCCAUAUGAGUGCUCUGAGUGUGAGAAAAGUUUCAAGCAGAUUUCAGGCCUUAUUACACACCGGAGAACCCACACAGGAGAGAAACCAUACGAAUGUUCUGACUGUGGCAAACGCUUCAUCCUGAAAUCAUAUCUUGAUGUACAUAAGAGAACUCACACUGGAGAAAGGCCAUAUCAGUGUUCACAUUGUGGGAAAGGAUUCUCAUGCUCCUCUUAUCUUUUGAGGCAUGAGAAAACCCACACCGGGGAGCGAUCACACACAUGCUCUGACUGUGGCCAAAGCUUCCAUUGGAAACGCUCCCUGAUCAUGCACAUGAGAAAACACACAGGGGAGCAGAAUCUACAUGAAUGUGCAGUCUGUGGCAAAAGCUUCAGUUGGUCAUCAGCUCUUAAUGUACACAUGAGGAGCCACACAGGGGAGAAACCAUACGUGUGCUCUGAGUGUGGGAAAAGUUUCAGUGGCAAAUGGAUCCUCAUUCAGCACAAGAGAAUCCACACAGGUGAGAAGCCAUAUGAAUGCCCUGAGUGUGGGAAAAGCUUCCAUGUGAAAUCUUCCCUUCUUGCACACCAAAAGACCCACACAGGAGAGAAGCCGCAUGAAUGCUCCGAGUGCGGGAAAAGCUACAGCGUGAAAGCAAAUUAUGUUGCGCACCUGAGGACUCACACAGGGGAAAAGCCAUACGAAUGCUCUGAAUGUGGGAAAAGCUUCUACAAGAAAGACCGUCUUAUGACACAUAAGAGAACCCACACGGGAGAGAAACCGUACCAGUGCUCUGAGUGUGGGAAAGGGUUCAACUGGAAAGUCGGUCUGAUUAACCACAUGAGAAUCCACACGGGAGAGAAGCCCUACGCGUGUGCCUCGUGUGGGAAGUGCUUCCAUAAAAAAGACCACCUUGCGAGGCAUGAGAUCAUCCACACGGGAGAGAAGCCCUACGCCUGCUUCGACUGUGGGAAAAGCUUUAAUCAGAAAGUUGCCCUCCUUGUGCACAAGAGGACUCAUACGGGAGAGAAACCGUAUAAAUGCUCCGAGUGUGGGAAAAGCUUCAGUUGGAAAAAAUCCCUGAUUACUCACAAGGCAGCACACACUGGAAAGAAGCCGUAUCAGUGCUCUGAGUGUACAGAAAGCUUCAGCAGACGAUCCCACCUUGCCGAACACGAGAGGACCCACAUAGGUUUUGUUGCGGAAUCUUCAGAACUCACUGUGGAAGAAAUCAGCACCGCCGUGAUGAGCUUGGAUUGCAAUGCCAUUAUUUUGACCACUGCCGUGUAAAGCAGGAUCAUCAGAAAGCUAAACUUGGGAUUCUGGAAUCCAGCCAUUUAAACUGAUUUAAAACCUGAUUUUAUUUUUAAAAAAAACUUUUUUCAUAAGCCGCAGCAGAGUACCUUUUAACAUUGUGAAGAAUUGUGUGGGAAACACAUCCCUUUCCAGGGUUCAGUUAUCUUUCACCUGCUUCAAAAUUCCUGCCAUCUCUCCUAAGAUUAUCUCUCUCCCCCCCCCUCAAUUCUCCGGACCAUUCAGCUAAAGCACCCAUCCGAGACUCAUAUCUGUUAACGUAAUAUGGAAACCAUUGUCUUUGUUUUCAUUUUCCGAAGAACAUAGCUCUGAAUAAAAUUCUUUAGAAUUGAA